AUUGUUGGAUAAUUAAUGGCUUCGGUUAGCUUCAAAUACUGGGAUGAUUGUGUCGAUCCUCUUGAUCUGGAAGCUAUGUGGCUCGAUCCAGAAGUUAGAGCCGAAUGGCUUAACGCCGGAGAAACUAAGGGAUCAAAAGUCCACCUCUCACGUGAUCCUGAUGGUCAGCCUUAUCUAACACAAACAGAAAUGAAGGCAGUAGCAGGUAUUAUUGUCCGAAGGCAUUUUCUAUCCCAGAUUGAUUCGGAUAUGCUUUGCGCUAUUGCUGAGCUUGAAAGUGACCGGCAGCUUCUUGCAACACGGUACAAUAAAAAGUCAAAAGAGAUUACUAUGGGAAUUAUGCAGAUUUUGCCAAAAACCGCAGACUGGUUGGUGAGUGAUUUGGGUUACCGAACAUAUGAGGUGACAAUGGAUUCAAAACUUCUUUACAAGCCUUUUGUAAAUGUAUAUCUUGGAGCUGCAUAUCUUAAGUGGUUAUCAAAUUAUGAACAAAAAGAGAGAAGUGAAGAGUUCAUGGUGAGAGCUUACAAGGGUGGUACUAAGAAGGCAACUCACAAGUCCACUUUACCAUUUUGGAGAAGUUAUCUCUCCGUCAAAGAGACCCUACCAUCGAGGAAAAUCUUUGACGUCAAUCCUUUGCCCCCUACAGCAUCUGCUACUGGAGUUCCUGAAAAGAAAGGUCCAGUAAAUACAACUUGGGACUCUAGAACUUCCGCAGAAGACGUGGAAGAAAUGUGGAAUCAUCCCUGUGUGAGCAAGGAGUGGAGCAAGUCAGGGGAGAAAAGAGGCCAUGUACGGUUUUCUCAUGAUACUGAAAAGAGACCAUAUCUUUCUCGGGUAGAACUGAGGGCAGUUGCAGAAGUAAUUGUUUCAAAAUACUUUAGCACAAGAGGACUGAAACCUACUGUCCUAUGUGCUGUUUCUGAGAUCGUGACCAUGCGUUUUGUUGAGGGAAUUGGACAGCGUACUGGAUUAAUGGGAAUUGACUAUCCCACGGCACGCUGGCUUUACAAGGACCUGGGAUACAAGACCUACAAAGUGGAGUCAGUUGAGGAUCUUACAAAGCCAUUUGUUUCCAUGUACUUUGGCGCAGCCUAUGUGGCUUGGCUAUCAGAGUACGAGGGAAGAGAAAGGAGUCUCCAGUUUCUUGUCCAGGCUUAUCUUGCUGGACCCCAGAACGUGAACCUGCAGGAGACUGGUCCUAUGUGGCUUAGAUUUGAGGAAGCACUGAGCCGUUAUGAAGAUUUAAAAACGGAAGCAGCAGGUAGUUGUAAUAUUUUGUGAGCUCGUGCAGUUCCAACUAUUUCACCAAAUCCUUGAAUGGUUGCGCAAAAAUAUAGAAAGUAAAUAUUUGCAACAGUACCACCACUCCAAUGUACAAUAUUCCAUCCAGUCUUACAUUGUUAUGUAAAUUUUCCUUCUAUGUAUUUAUUUGUACCGCUCUAAAAUAUAAUUUCAUUUACUAGUAUGCUCAGAAAAUGCUAUU